GAACAGGACAGAGACGGUGCAUCUUCAAAUUCAAGGAAUUGCACAAUAAACGUGGAACCAAUGGCUUCGAAGGCGAUGGCCGCGGCAGCGGAGAAGAUGGGGACGGCGGCGCGACGUCAAGCCGUUACGUUAACUGACGCAGCUGCCUCGCGAAUACGGCAGUUGUUACAUCAGCGUCAGAGGCCCUUCUUGAAGCUCGGAGUCAAGGCUCGCGGUUGUAACGGCUUAUCCUACACCCUCAAUUACGCAGGUCUCUCCCUCACACACUCUUUACUUACUGUUGCUUUGACAGAUGAAAAAGGAAAAUUUGAUGAGUUGGUUGAGGAUAAGGGUGUUAAGAUGUUGAUUGAUCCAAAGGCCCUUAUGCAUGUCAUUGGAACUAAAAUGGAUUUCGUAGAUGACAAACUGAGAUCUGAGUUUAUUUUUGUCAAUCCAAACUCUAAAGGUCAGUGUGGUUGUGGUGAAUCUUUCAUGACGACAACCGGUAGUGGAGCUUCUAAGCCAUAAAAUGACUAAAUUUGCUUAUUAAAACGGGUGUGGAUCCACACUCACAAAGUCGUCUUUUCAUGAUUUAAUUGAUUAACAUACGAGUACAGCUACUGGAUUUAUAUAAUUCUGCCUGCGAGAACAAGGGGAAAGCUUUUGGUGCUCAGAACAAAAGGAUACCGAGUACUGACAUGUUUUUCGGAGUUAUCUGAAGCUGGUGCUAAUAAGGCUUAUAUCUGCAAUUUGUAUUAUCAUAUCAAUUGUUCUGAUUAUUCUUAUUUGUAAUGUAAAAUUUUUUGUAUUAUGGAAAUUGUAUAGCUUGCAGGUUAACAAUAUCAUUGAAAUAAUUUCGUUUAAGUUUAAUAUAACAAUCAGCAGAUUCAGGAUGAAAUUACUUGCAAGAGAUAUGUGCAUGUGUCUAACCCUAACUAUCUGGCACUGGGCGGGGGCCACCAAAGCUUCAUGAAGUUC